AUCAUAUCCUCUGUUCGGUCGAGCUGCUUGUUGCGUUCACGGCAUAGGCGCGUGAGCGUGGUGGGAAAUGCGAGCAAGAUGGCGGCGUUAAAGGAGGAGCAGUGCUACGGACUGUCCUGUGGAAGAGUGAGCAAUGGCAGCAACAUCUCCGUCUAUCACGUCAAGCUGACUGACAGUGCGCUGCGAGCGUUUGAAGAUUACCAGAGCAACAAGGGCCUGAUUGCUAAACCACUAAUAGGAUUCACUGGAAACCAAGGGAAAAUCUCAAUACCGCAGUCAGAGAAUCCAAAUGAGCUGCGAACGUUUACGUUCUACCUGUCCCAUGUGGGAAAGGACAAUCCCCAGGGCAGCUUCGACUGCAUUCAGCAGUAUAUUACAAGUGAAGGGAGCAUACAGCUGGACUGCCUGGGAGGAAUCCAAGACAAAAUCACUGUAUGCGCCACGGACGACUCCUACCAGAAAGCCAGGCAAAGCAUGGCUCAGGCCGAGGAGGAAACCCGCAGCCGCGGAGCCAUCGUCAUCAAGCCUGGCGGGAGAUAUGUGGGUAAGCGUGUACAAAUCCGGAAGCCGAUAACUGGUGUGUCAGAUGCGUCACGACGGCCCACACGGCCGGUCAUCAUCUCCAGCAGUCAGAAGAAGAGCCCGCCGCGACCGCUGAGGGAACGACUGGUGCAUUUACUGGCCCUAAAACCCUACCGCAAACCCGAACUACUGGUGCGGCUCACGAAGGACGGCCUGUCUCCUCAGGACAAGGAGACGCUGGACAGCCUCCUGCAACAGGUGGCUAACCUGAAUAGUAAGGACAACACCUUCACAUUGAAGGAUUGUUUGUUUAAGGAAGUUCAGAAGGACUGGCCUGGUUAUACUGAGGUGGACCAGCAGAUUCUGAAGAGAAUUCUUGUACGAAAACUGUGUAAGGUUCAGAGCAGUGUCCCUGUGCCUGUGGAGAGUCCGGUCAGCCCGCACAAAGAGCCAGCCAGCAGCUCGCCCUCUCAGAAACGACCUGCAGCAGAGUUCAUCGAUCCCCUGGCCAAUAAAAAACCCAGAAUAUCACUUCUAGCCAGUAAGUCUGCAGGGCUCGUCAAUGGCAAACUGAGCUCAUCCAAUGGGAAGGACUCAUCUAGUUCUCAGUCAGCAGAGACGUCGUCGAGCUCCCUCUUCCCUCCGCUGGAGAUCCCCCGACCCUUCGACCCCCUUUCGGACGUCAGCAACGACUCCAAUGGUCGAGACUGUGAAAGUCAGGAGGCUGCGGUGGCAGAGAGACUGAGUCAGCCCCCUUUGUUUGCCCCUCACUCCACAACGCAAGAGGAAGGCCUGGGCACAACAUCCCUGGCCCACAGCAGCCUAGACGGGUCUCUGACCCAGAGCGCUCAACCCUCCCUGCAUGGCAAGUCAAAGAAGAAGUCCAAAAAACACAAGGACAAAGACAAGUCCAAGGAGAAAGACAGGGAUCGAGAACGUGACUUGAAGAAGGAGAGGAGAGUUGAAGACCGUGGUUUGGAUGAGAAGAAACUGUGUGACGUCACAACGAGCGAUAGGAGCCCAGGUCUGAACGGAACGUGCCACAGCUCCAGUAUUCCUGCGUCUUCAUCAGAGAUGGCAGACUAUUUAUUAAAGUACACUGUCAUAAGCUCACAAGAGCAGCGUCAGAGUUACAAAAACGACUUCAACGCAGAGUACAGCGAGUACCGGGGCCUACACGCACGGAUAGAGAGCAUCACCCGACAGUUCACUAUACUCGACUCCGAGCUCAAACAACUCCAGCAAGGCACAGACAAGUAUAAGACAAUCCACAAUCAGAUACUUGGAGAGUAUCGCAAAAUCAAAAAGACUAAUCCAAACUAUAGCCAAGAGAAGAACCGCUGUGAAUACCUACACAACAAACUGGCACAUAUAAAAAAACUGAUAGCAGAAUAUGAUCACCAGCAACUGCAAAACUGGCACUAAUAACAAGAUUGUUUUCUGCUUAAUCUUUCUGUCUCUAUUGAGAGAGAGAGAGAGAGAGAGAGACAAUCUCUGGAUUUUUUUUUUUUGUUGUUUGUUUUUUUGGCUUGCUCUAAAAACAAGUUGUUCUAAUGUAAAAUGCCAUGAAACAAGCACGGUCAAGUGCUCUAGUAAGAAUAAGGCAUACCCAUGAUUUUCAUAAUUUUUAUGGAACUAGGGACAUGGGUGUACUCAGCCAUACUCGCCUGUGUAGCCUAAUGCAUUAUGGGAUUGGUUGCCAGCUCCCUUAUCAAAGGUCUCGGAGUGUAAAAGGAAAAACUGUUCUUUGGAGAUCUUUCUGCACAGGGAUAACCAACACCCAUUCCCAGAAUGAGUUUAAGGUUUAGAAAAAAGUUUAAUGUAUUUUACUUUUUUUCCUGUAUGUACUCAAAUGGAAGGUCCCAAUGCUAAACUAUAUUUUCUUUUCUAUUUAUUUUCGUCUUCCAUAGAGAUCAUCAGUCCGGUUAUGAUUUCACACUCCUCCGAUCGAGUGCUAAAGCUCUCGUCCCGUCCCUUUGGUCGGUCUUUCUUUAAUCAGUCAGUAUUUAAUGCAAAAGCGGUCUUGGAUUUCAAGAGAUCCCUAUUGCAGUACGACACCCCCCCCCACCCUCCCCCCUCCCCGAGUGCCAUAGUGUCUGAAAUGGCACUAUUUGGCUCCUUAUUUUGUGCAAUGCGCUAGACCACGUGCAAUGGACAUGAAUCGGAUGCCCAUAGGAAGGAGAUAACCACCGUCUUGUUUAGAGGCUUUGACAGCAUCAGUAUUAAUACGAUAGAGCUCCAUACAGAUGAACUUGCCAUUCCAGAGGUGAGGGAGCACUUCGGCACUGGCACAUUUUUACAAUAUUUCAUGCUUUUACUUAAAAAUAUUACUUUAUCACAACCUAAAUCAUGAUAUAGGUGUGGUUGUACAAAAACGCGACAAAUCUUGUAAAAUUGUGCCUCAUAUGAGCUGUUAGUCGUCCCUCAGGUAUCUACAGUAAUCCAGUAUUGCUAGUUAUGAGUGUGACGGUAACAUUUGUGGCCAAACUUUUGUGGUAUUCUUCCAGAAAAGUGAUUGUAUCCCUUUAACGCAGCCUUGAGGUAUUUCCAAGGGGCUGGUUGGUGAAGACGAUGCAACGAAAAUGGUAGAAACGCCACCUUGGCUCACUGUCUGAACCUUGAGCAAUUCAAUGCUUGCUUGAAUACUGAGUAUUUGUAAGGGUUUUGCCAUAUCUGACAGUAUUUUCGUUAGGAGAUGACUGUUGAUCUCCUUGUGGAGGAUCCUUUACAAACCUCCGACGUGCUCCUCGCGUUAAACUCGGCGUCUGCCUUCAUUGGACGCUCAACUAAGAGUUGCUCAUCUGUCAGGUCCUGUUGAAGCAUCAGUUGUACUUCUGAUAUCUGAACUCUUAUGUUUAAAUAUUAAAAUUCAGCACUUUGCUCAACCUCUUGUUACUCUUUACCUGGGUUCUGUUGCAAGGAGACACUUGCCUUGUCUGUCUGUGCAUGCAUGCUUUUCUGACUGUUGAAAACACAAAAAAAGGGUAAAGGCCAGUGUUUACAGUGGCUUAACACUGCUGUUUAAUGCUCAGAAGCUAAAUAUUUAUCAAAUGCCCUGUAUUUACCUGGCUAGAAUUGGUUCAGUGUUGCAAUUUUAGGAGCGGAAUUGCAAGUAUUUAAAUAAAGUGAAUUUGAUUCGU